UGCUGCUGCUGCUGUUGGCCUUGUCGCCGACACUGAGGUUGGUUCGUUCCACAGCAAAAAUGGAGGCAGCUGUUUUUCUUCCACGGCCGAGGCGAAAAUAUCAACAACAAGCGGUCGAUCACGUGUGUCCAAACCUCCCCGUCGCUGUCUCUCCAGAACCUGUUGCCUGUUCUACUCUCCAAUUGCGUCGUUCUUGCGCCGUCGUGCAGUGGUGGUUGGCGCGUCCCGUUGUUGUCGUAGCAUUGUUCUCGACUUCCGACGUGCUGAAGAAUGGGCGGGAUAUAUACCGCGCCUAUGCAAUCUGCGGAGCCGCUGGGCCUCGUUUCCCCGCGUGUCCCUGCUUCUCUGUUCUGCCUUGCUGCUUCUCUGUCAGCAGUGCCACGUGCUCUCCUGCUCUCUCCCUAUCCCUGUUAGGGUGCAUACUCGUGUGGCAGAUUCCUAAGGGCGAGCUAGGUGGCGAGCUCUUUGCCGCCUUCCUCGAGACUUCAUUCCAGAGGGAAUCUCUCACAGCAGAGGUUCCGAACUACCUAUCGCGCGUACAAGAUAUUGCACAAGUGUUCACACGCGCGCGCGACCCAACACAUUGCCCAGCAGUAAGACCGACCACCUUCCGCCCAACCACCAUGAGUCUCAACGCGGUCCAGGGCCAGGGAGCGAAGGAAGGAGAGAGGGCGCGGCUCUUCCGCGCGCCCAUGACCGGCUACAGCAACGGCCGGAGCGAAUCGCCAACUGAUCUGGAGCAACCUCCUGCCAGCGGGGGGCAGCCGGAUAGCGACGCUGACAGCGAGAGCGAGAGCGAUGUGUGGAAGGCCGCGGUGCUCGGCGCCUUGGAUGGCGUGCUUACAAGCUUCGCGGUCGUUGCAGGCGCUUCGGGGGGGGGGCUUGGCACACAGGUGGUGUUGAUCGUGGGGGUGUCCAACAUCGUAGCGGACGGGCUGAGCAUGGGGCUCGGGGAGUACCUCUCGAGCAAGGCCAUGAACGAGUACAUGAAUAUCGAGCGGAAGCAGGAGGAGUGGGAGCUCGCGAAUCACAGAGAGGGAGAGAUCGAGAACAUGGUGGACACGUACAUACGAAGGGGCAUGUCCCGGGAGGACGCCCAGGAGAUCUCGGCGAGGCUCGCCAAGUACGAAGACUGCUUCGUGGACGCGGUGAUGGUGGCGGAGGGGGUGGGGUCCUCCAUGUUCGCGUCGCCCCCGCUGGACGAGGCCGGGUCCAUCCGCGAGGGCCUUGUGACCUUCGGGUUGUUCGCCCUCUUCGGCAUCGUGCCUCUGCUGUCGUACGCGCUGUCUCCCCUGAUCUCGGCGAGCGGCAGCAGCGGGGACCCAGUGUCUCAGGGGGUGCUGUUCUUGUGGGCCUGCCUCCUGACUGCGGCCGCUCUCUUCUCGAUUGGGGUCGUGAAGUCGACUUUCGUUUCGCGCUCCUGGUUCGGAUCCGGGAUGGAAACACUCGUUCUCGGGGGUGGCUGCGCGGGGGUGGCGUACGAGAUAGGCUCAGCCGUGGCUAGCUGUGUGGCGGGCAUGUCGUGACGGCAAAGAGGCUUAUGUGUAGCCCGGGGGGGGGGAAGUAGGGGGAAAAACCGCAAAGUUGGUAAUAGCGCCUCUUGCAAGGACGUUGUUGAUCGAGAUAUAGACACUCCGGAAGGAAAGGGGUGCGCGUGAAGGACAGACCGGGAAGCAGGGGGGUUAGGUUCAGAGAUCAUGAGAGCGCUUGUAUUUUAUGUUUCCUGAGAGAAUGUGACUUGCUUUACAUCGUACCGUUGGAUACACGUAGUGGGUGGGUGUCAGAAGCGGGCUCGAGAGCGCAGUGGCGUUGGGGACGGGGCACGUCCUGGGGCAACGGAAUGGAGGGGGGGGUCCCGCAUUCGAGGUUUUGUCCAGCCUCAGCCGUGUUGGGGGGAUUGCAAGGCACGAAGACAUGCGGAGGCUCAUCAUGGAGGUGAUGGUGACCAUACCGUCUGGGUUGUGUGGGCUGUGUUCAGGGCGGGGUAGGAAACCGAAGGGGCAGGAUAAAUCACGACGGAACCCAUGCUCCCGUCGCCCUUUGGUUGUUUUAGCUUUUCGUUCGAUGGCGGGUUAAAAGUAUUUAUUCCUAUUUUUUUGUUUUUGUUUUUGUUUUAGACGCAUGCUGAUUGGAUACUUUUUCUUGCCUGGGGUGUUUCGUGCAGGUGGUAUGCGUAGGUGUCUUUGAAUGUUGUGUUUGCGCUAGCUAGUUGUUUUGCAUGUUUUUUCUUCACUGUUAGACCACAACGUUGUUGGCUGGUGCCGGCUUGUCAUCGACAUGCAUAUCUAGCCUUCCUCGUCGAUCAUUUGCUGUUUCUCUUUGUAUGACGUUCUUCAUCCAUCCAUGAUCUUCCUGCAAGAACCACAGACUUUGUACCGCCGUGUGGAGAUUGUCUCGAGGCACCACACGCCAUUCUAAACGUCCAAAUCCAACCGACUUUUACAUUCUGCAAAGAUGUGUACUUGUAGCGUCAGCAACAACAAGGGCUGCCAUAUUAGCAGGUGGGGAUGGUUCGCGGAUACUGUUGGUGCUGUCGAUCGCGACGAAGGCGUCCCGUGGUUCUUGCGACUACAUGAGACUCGCCAGCGACCAUCGCGUUUUCUGUUUGUUCGGUUGCUAACAAUCGAAGGCGAAGCACCGCAGGAGGGGCGGGAGGGAGAAGAACCCUUUCGUGUAACCACGGAUUGGAGCCAGCUCCUGGCAGAAUAGUUGUGUGGUGUCCGCGCUGAUUAAAAAAGUGAUGACCUAAUAAUACCAUUCAUCUGCUCCUUAGUUUUGACGAAUGGUAUGCGGCGACGGAAGCGGAUGUUGGGAGUCGUUUCGUAGCGCGGUCAGGAUGGUUGGGCGUCGUUGGUAGUGAUCGAUGCGAAACUAAGCGAGAGAAAGCUGUUGUUGUUGUUGCACGCAAUCACAUCCAACCCUUGCGUGUGGGCCACUCGGCCGUUUAUCUUUAAACGAGCGUUGCCACAGAGGUCGUGUUGGUGCCUCGGGGCAGUUCGUUUUUUUUUGUCUGUAAUACUUCAAGUAAGAGCGUUCAUGACAAAAGGAGUGGGU